AUGACUUCCACGGACAGAGAACUUCUCGACAACGGUCUACCUGUCAUUAAACGCUUCAUCACAGGCCACAAUUCUGAUGCCCAAGCCAUUUUCUCCCACCGGCUUGGAGAAACUCUGCCAUGGCAGACACUCGCUGACGGGGCACGAUUCAGUCUGGGCUACACCACCGACAAAUUUCCCGUUCAAAUGAGCGACGAAGAAGAUAUUCAGGUCUACGAACGUUACCUCGAAAACAAGCCCGGCAUCACCAUUCCUGGAGGUACGGUGUUGAGAUUUGUCGACAUGAGGCCCGGGGUCUUAUCGCCCAUGCAUCGCACCGUGAGCCUGGAUUACGGAGUGGUUCUGGAAGGCGAGGUGGAAUUGGUGCUGGAUUCAGGGGAAGUUAGGCUGAUGAGGCGUGGGGACGUGGCUAUUCAGAGAGGUACGAAUCAUGCAUGGAGAAAUGCGAGCAGGACCAAGUGGGCUAGAAUGAUGUAUGUUUUGCAGGAAUCUGAGGCUCUCAGGAUUGGAGGCAAGGAUUUAGGUGAGGAUUAUGGCGGUAUUCCGGAUGUGAGACCUUCUGGGUCGGCGGAGCAUUAG